GACUUCCGCGGCCGGCCGGGCCGGGCAGGCGCCGCGCUAGCGGAGCGCUUUCCGCCGCCGUUUGUCUCCCGUCUCUUGCCGUUCGCAGCAGCUGCUGCUGCUGCUGCGCAACCCCUUACCCGCCCGCCACUCGCCCCAGUGGCGUCGCCUCCUCCUCUCAGCCUCGCACGGCGCGGCCCGACAGACAUACACAGCUGAAGAAUCAAAAGUUGAGAUGAGUAACCAAGCGGCUGAUGUGCUACGUUGCUGGAGGUGUAGAAAAUACAUAGCAAAUUCUGUUUGCCUUGCAAAAUGUCAUGGAAAAGAACCAUCUGAUACAUCACAACCUUCAGCUGCUGCUCAGGAGUCUUGCAAUGUAUGGCAUGUGGACUUAGAAGCCAUUCCAGAGUGGGUGAAAUGUGUCAUUGAAAAGGCACAGUGGACAAUUGGAAAACUGCACUGUCCAUUCUGUGAGGCCUGCUUAGGGGGCUUUAACUUUGUUUGUGACACAAAAUGUUCCUGUGGACAGUUAGUUAAUAUACAUUUCUGCAAAAGUCGGACUGACUAUCAGCCAGCUUUCUCUGUUAAAUUCAGAAAAUCAUCAGGAAAGCACUUACCCCUCCUUGGAAUUCAGUCUGGUUUCAGCAAGAAUACCUGCCACGAAGUCGUGGCUUCAUCUUUGGAAAUUAAAAAUCAAGGGUUUUCCUACCUUAGCAGAAAUAAUAAAGGUACUGGAAGAUUAAUAGAAGCACUUUGUCUAGAAAUAAAAUCUCCCAGAUUUGAGAUGAAAAGUAAAAUGCUUCCCAUAAAGGCUUUAGAUCAAAAAGGAAAUCUUUCUGCUUCUUUUCCUAUGAAUGAUGUACACACUGUAAAACCUUUCCACAGAAGAUCACGUAGUUUGGAUUUAAAUAUCGGAGAGAGAUAUAUUUUGUCACCUGUGUUAUAUGAGGCUUGCAGUAUGGGAAUGAUUUACCAUGUCCAAAACAAAUACACACAGAGUGGCUUACGAUUAGAGACCAAUAGGAAAGAUGGUUGUGCUUUUCAGGACCAAUGUAGUUCCACUGCUGACAAACUACAAAAAAAGUUUCGAGUUACUUCCUUUACAUUAGUACAUAGAGACACAGAAAGUGAGUGUGAUUUUGAAGCUACUGGACAAUCUUCUGGGGGUGCCAUUGAGGAUGGAUCACCUUCUUUGAUGAACCUUUCUUCGUCUAUGAGUGUUGUAGAAGAGGAACAACACAUCAUGCCUGGUGGUCUUGUGCAGCCCACAAGUAUUUCCUUCAACCAAAAGUUGAAUAAGAGAGAAAGAAACAAGUUGAAAAGCUUAAGGAGAAAACAAAGGCGGCGAGAACGGUGGCUACAGAAGCAAACUGCAAAUGAUAACCUGAAUACAGACGAUGAGCAUGAACUAAGAGGAGAUAAAGAAAGCUAUCUCUGUGCAGUGUGCCUGGAUGUAUAUUUCAAUCCUUACAUGUGCUACCCAUGCCACCACAUCUUCUGUGAACCUUGCUUAAGGAUGCUUGCCAAAGACAAUCCAGCCAGCACUCCAUGUCCACUGUGCCGCACUACGAUUGCCAGAGUCUUUUUCCAAACAGAAUUGAACAACUCAACCAAAUCUUUUUUCCCUACGGAAUAUUUGAAGUUAAAAGAAAACUUUCAAAAAUCAAAUUCUGCAAAAUGGCCUCUACCAAGCUGCAAGAAAGCCUUUAGAGUUUUUGAAGGUUUUCAAAGACGCUCAGAUACUGUAACGAGGAGGCAUUUCCCACAUGCUGCUCACAGGAUGGACUACAUGGACUUCGAGGACGAUAGCCGUGGAUGGCGGUUUGAUAUGGACAUGGUGAUAAUCUACAUUUAUUCAGUCAACUGGGUAAUAGGAUUUAUUGUGUUCUGUUUUCUUUGUUAUUUCUUUUUCCCUUUUUAGUCUGUAAUAGUCACACUUAAAGAAGAGCGCAGUCAUGUGAACCACAAUGUGUACAGAAAAAGCUUGAAGAAGGCAAAAUGUUUGCUUGAUGUUGCGUUUUUAUCACAGUUGUUAUAGACUGCAUCAAGGAUGCUGUGAGGCUAUUUGACACUUCUGCUAUACGUGACAAAGUACUCGAGUUUGGUUCCAAAUAUAAUGUGAAAUCCAGAUCAUACUUCAUUCAGUGGAAGUUGUGCCUUGAUUUUGGUGGGAAUAGGAUUUACACCUAAUGUAUAACAUAUUACUCAGCUGAAAUAUGCAGUACUACUUGUUCUUAGGGGAGUUCUGUGUACUACAGCAAAACAUGAUCCAUUGAGUCUUUCUGGGGUUCAGUUUUUAAGUUGACACACAUUGUUCACUUACUGCUGCUUCGGUUUCUCAUACAUAAAACCAAUAAAGCUGCUUUUGGGAACACGAGAUUGUAAGCACUGCAGUGCUGCACCAUGCAUUAUAUAGGCAUUCAUCAGACCUGUUUCAAUGGUGUAAUCCAAAUUCUGGAAAAUUUUGACCACUGAUAGACCUGUCAGCAUUCUACUGUAGGGAUGUGCUAUAUUCAGUGCCUAAAAUUUUGAGCCUAAAAAAAAAAAAAAAAAACAAAAAAAAAACUACCAAACAAAAAAGAAACAAUACUGCAUGCUGUGCUGACAGUUCAUCUUUUCAGCAAAUGGCAGUCAGAAGGAAAUGAACUAACAACCCCAAGUUCUGCACAUUAAAGGGACUGUUUUUCUGCAUAUUCCCAGAGUAGUGCUGUGCCGUUUUUUACCCAUCCAGAUGAGUGUGUUUGGACCCCACAAGACAGCUAAUGGAGGGCAAGCAUCAGGCCUGCUGGCUAUGGUGCCGUGGGACGCUAACCUCAGUAAAUACUGGAGAAAAAAGCAUUCUCCAGUUUGAGGAAUCAGUAUCAUUAUUAAAUUGCUGUAACAAUUUGGGGAUACUCUUUUAAGUGUGGGCUCACCAGGACUAUGUGUUUCUAGGGAGGUCACAAAAGAGGGGACAGUAUUUAUUUGCACCUUUCAUGUGAAACAAUUCUAAAGCACUUUAUUGUUUUUCUAUAUAUCGAUUGCUGAGUUACAGUAUCAAACUGCAGCCAGUUCAGCAAUCAUUCCAUACUUGCUGCUUUACACAGUAUUUUCAAAUGAAAGUGAAAGAGUAUCUAUUAAAUAAUGAAAAGGAUGUUAUUAAUAGAAAUUUUUACGGGAAUCGGGUGCUGAAGAAUGGUACAAGGUAGUUCAGGGGCUUACUUUUCAGGAAUGUAUAAAGACAUUUUUAUGUCUAAGGGCAUGACCCUGCAAAGUACACUGUGGUUUCAUCUGGAAAAACAUGUGAGUAUAUUUAUGUAAUUUAUGUAGUCCCUCUGGUAUCAGGAUUUGUGUGGGGGACCCAUGUUUUUUCAGUAGGUGGUGUACUCCCCUGUUCUAUCAGAGGACAAGGAGAAAUGUGUUGUGGAAGGUGCCAUCUGCCAAAUGUGAUGGAAUGGAAUGAAAUGAAUGCAGGGGUUUAUUAAGCAUGUGCUUAUGCCUCUUUGCUGGAGCAGGGCCAUCAUGGUCAGCCUCAUAGUCUCUAAAAUGAUCAAGGCUAGAAACUUUCUACUUAAUCUGAAAAGCAGCAGUAGAUCAGCUACUGAUACUUAGUUUUCUUACAGGCUGCAUAAAAUAAUCUCUUUGAGAAUAUAUGUGUGGAAUUAAAAAUUACAAGUCUAACUACACUGAUUGGGCUAAAUAACUUUUACCAUCUAUUUUUAAUAUAUGCAAAUUUAAGGAGAUAUAUUAUUUGAAAUUCACCAUCACCACGUAGCUAUGUUUGUGACAGAAAUGCAUUCUCUGUUACUACAGUAUGUCUAAUUACUUUGUGUCUGUGUAAAGGUGACUAGCCCUGUUACUGGUGGCAUUAGGUAUAAUGUUUUGAAAGCUUUAAAGUUGUAGUAAAGCACUUAGUGAAUUUCCCAUUUUAUAUUUAUACGAACAAGCCUUUUAAAAGCUAGGUGUUUUAGAUCAUAGGCUCAUGUUUUGCUGCAUGCAGCUGUGUAGGUCUGUAUGCUCAAAUAUUAAUAAUUUUAAACAUUUUUCUCAUCUCUGCCAGGACUGGGAUGCUAACUGCAAUUUUUGUUUGUCUCUCUAAUCUUGUGAAUUUACUGCUCGUAUCUCAGCAAAGAGAGAGACUGUUUCACCUGUUAAGCCAAAAUUGCUUUUACCUUUUAAUCUCAAAAAAUACUAAAAUAAAAAGAUGUCAUGAAAAAUUACUUUAAUUUAGCUGACAUAGUCUGAAAUUCCAGUAAUAAUGUAAUUUAAAAUUAUUUAACCAGGAUAUCUGAUAAAGCUAUAUCCUUAAGGAAAUAUUCCAAAGUAUAUUGAGACAUAAGAAACAUAAUAUAGUUAUUAAAUAAUUGGAUGAGAAACAAUUACUUAUAUAAUUUUUAAUAGCGUGUUAUCACGAUUUUAUUCUGAAAAAGGCAACAAAGAAGAGUGAAAAUUCCAAUGUAAUACUGGCCCCUUUUGUACAUUUACAGCAAGAAUUGCUGGCUGAGGGUGGCUACAUUUUCCUAGAUUUAGAAGGAGUGAUAAUUUUGCAUGGUAUUUCUAACUGUGUAGCUCAGCCUUUCUUCAAAGCCUAAAUAAUAAAUGGUUUCUUGGGCUAUACUGUUUUACUUUAUAUUGUUUGUUAUUAAUUCCAGGGGAUAAUACAUUUUAAAUGUUUACAAAUGUACAUAAUGAAGACUAAUGCAAGUCGGAGAGACAUCCAUCAUAGGAAAACACCUAAAAGGCAUAGAAUGGAUGUACUGUUUUGUGUCCUUUAUUGCUUUUUUGGGAAACAUACUUUUGUAAAAAUACAAUAACAAUUUGAAGGCUCAAACCUGGUUUUCCUUGAAUUUUGCCUGUAAAAUGCUGUUGAUAUCUGUGGGAGCAAGAGUAGGUCCUUUGAAAGGAAUUUUCUGGUUAUAUUAAUCCUGCUCCGCAAGCUUCUCUUUCUUACUUACAACAGUAUUAAAAUAUUUGCAAUAAAAUUUGAGUCAUUUGUAAUAUUUUGCAUUAAUUUCACUAGAUUUUGCUUGGUGGAAUUAAACCUUAAUAUUUUUUUCAAUCAA